AUUAUCGUUUUACAAAUUCUCACUUUUUAUCACUCGUCGUCGCUACAAAGUAUAGGUGUUUUCCUUCGAUACGCCAACGAGUUUUCAAGUACUUACCUACGUUGCAAAUAAACACUUGUAACAGAAAUACGAGUCUAGUGGAGUUUUUUCAUGCGUUUACGAGGCAUUCGAUGACUUUUCAUUUAAAAAAUAUCGAUUUGAAAUUUUGUUUGAUGUGGAUUUAAUAAAAUAUAAAAAGCUCGAUAGGAUUGCGAAAAAAAGAGCAGUUCGUCAGGACUUUAUACGCGAGGUUAUUUUUUUUUUACCUUAAUCAACAUGGCUAGUUGAUUUGGUUUAUUUACAUUUUGAGUUUUUUUUUUCAAUAUAUCUCUGUUAUCUUUGUAUGCGCGAGUUGUUCCGGAAAGUUUUUUUUUUUUACUCUUUCACAAAACGCUUUGAUGGUGGUGCUGUUGUGCGAGUUUAUAACGAGUAUAGUACGUAUAUAUAUGUAAAAAGUUAUACGGAACCAAAUUAAUGGUCUAUUAAAAGGUGUAAUCUGAAUUUAUAAUUCAUUUUAAUAUAAACGUUAUUUAAAAUGUUUAUUCCACGAGCGACUAUUUCAAUAGCGAGCAUAACUCAGCCGAGCUAAGCUUACGUUGAAUAAAAGUGCCUACUGCCUCCUCUACCUCCAGAGCACCAGCAUCAUCAGCAGUAUCACAGCAUCGCUGGCUGUAGCUGCGUGAAAUCUGCAUAGUCAACUUUUUACGUCGUGUAAAUUGGCCUUCUCUUCGUCCUCAUUUUCGGUAUGUGUAUACAGGAAAAAAAGCUCCAACGCCAGACACGAAGAGCAUUUUCGUUAUACGAAGCGUAAUUAAAAAAGUUUUCUUUUUUUUUUAAAUUAUAGUACUCUAGUGCGUUAUUAAAUUUUACUUAAAAUGAUUUUAACGAUAAAACAAGGAGAAAUUCAAGGUAAUCAGGAGUACGCGGCGUGGACGAAGAAAAAAUAUUUUAGCUUUUUAGGUAUUCCGUACGCGGAGCCUCCAAUAGGCGAUUUACGAUUCAAGCCUCCGGUGGAAGCCAAAAAUUGGCAUGGUGUGUUUAAAGCGAACAAAGAAGGAGGCCAGUGUUAUCAAACGACAUUCGAAAAGACCGCCGUUUAUGGUACAGAAGAUUGCUUGUAUCUAAACGUUUUCAUCCCCGAGUGGCCGGAUAACGAAACUAAGCGAGCGGUUAUGCUGAAUGUGCACGGAGGCGGUUUUUGCUCAUUUUCUGGAUCUCCUCUGACGUCUUCGGCGGAUCAUUUGAUGAAUUACGAUGUCAUUUUGGUUACGUUUAAUUACCGUCUGCAUGUGCUGGGAUUUUUAAAUCUCGGCUUGCCAGAGUGCGCUGGAAAUAUGGGCUUGAAAGAUCAACUGAUAGCGUUCCGAUGGGUAAAGGAGAAUAUAGAAUAUUUUGGCGGCGACCCAAAUAAUAUCACGUUAUUUGGACAGAGUGCCGGCGCUUCUUCUAUUCAUUUGCAUAUGAUGUCGCCGUUAUCGCAUGAUUUAUUUCAUAAAUGCAUCCUACAAAGUGGUUCCGCUUUGAGCUCGUGGAGCUUCAGCGAUUCGCCCGAAGAACGUGCCUUUGAACUGGGACGUAUCCUCGGCUUCCAUGGUAACGAUAAGCGAGAGCUGUUGGAAUUUUUAAAAAGUACCCCGGUGCGCGACUUAAGCAUGGCUAAUGAGUCUUUGCGAAAUGAGCUGAAAAAGCGUUACCCUGGUAAAUCGACAUCGUACCCUUUUCUACCCUCCAUCGAGAUACCUAGUGAAGCAGCUAUAUUAACCGACCAUCCGGAAAAAUUAUUGAAAAAUACUAGAAAAAUACCCGUCAUCGUUGGCAUGAACGAUAAAGAAGGUGGAAACAUGUUUAUGAAAGAGCCCAAACUAGUGGAAAUCUUAAACAGUCAAUUCGGCGAUGUAAUUAGAUUAAAUUACGAAACCAUGGAAAUCACCGAAGAAGGCAUCGCAGAUUUGAAAAAUUAUUAUUUCCCCAACGGAAUAACACCGAUUAGAGAUAAAAACUCCAUUACCGACUUGUACACGGAUUUGUAUUUCAAGCAUUUCUACGAUUUAGAAGAGUAUUUGGUUGAAGAACCUGGUGCGGUUGCUGUGUACACGUAUCAAUUUUGUUACAACGGCAGCGUGAAUUUGUUUAAGUACUUUUUCGGCAAUUAUACGGGCGAUGUGAAAGGUGCCAUUCACGCCGACGAUCAUUUUUAUUUAUUCGGCUCGGAUAUAUUUUUCAAAAACCCUUCGGUUAAUUUUACAAAAGACGAUGUCCGGGUCACCAAUUGUUUAUGUGCGAUGUGGACGAAUUUUGCCAAAACUGGUGAUCCCAAUUCCGACCUGGUACCUGUGACGUGGCAUCCCACUACAAAAAAUAAACGAUGUUAUUUGCGAAUUGACAAGGAUCUUGAAAUGAAAGAUGGAGCUAUUAAUGAAGAAAGGUAUCAGUUUUGGUGGGAUUUGAAGAGGAAAAUGGAGCUGCAGAUAUCGAAAAAUGAAAAAUUAUCGUUGGAUUUAUGAAAUAUCUAUGCAUAUGCUGGAUAGAUGCGUGAAUUUAAGGAUGUGGUCCUUUUGAAGUGAUAUUAAUUAUAAUUAUUUUGGGUAAGGAUGUUAUAAAAAUCAUCAAACCAAUAUAAAAAUACUGGAACGA